AUCACUGAAUGACUCAAUUCCAGCUCAGUGGGGGGACUCCAAUUCCCACAAUUCAACUCUGCCGCGAACUCGCCUCUCCUUGUGUUUGGAUUGUUGGAAGGUUUUGUAGUUUAGUUUAUGAGUUUCUGCUGCAGAGUUUCACUGUAAAGAAACGGAAAGGAUAAACUCUGUAAUAGAGCGUUAAUUUAGUAUUUCACUCCUCCUCUCUGAGACUUAAUCUCCUCCAUAUCUGACAGCACUUGAACAAAACCUGAAGAAUGACUCAUCCAGCACACAAACCCAAUAUCUUUACCUGGAAAAGACUCACAAAGACUCCCUCCAGUAACAAGGUGCAGCUGACUGAUGGUGAUAUAAACCAAUGGAUGAAGAGAGUUGAGAUGGCAUCGGAGUUCGCUGUGUCUGAAGUGUUUUCACCCCAGAAAGUGCACACUGCUAAACUCAGCCAGGCUGUGGCCCUGCAAAGCAUGGAGCAGCUGCAGGACCAUGAUGAUGCAUACAGUGAGGCUCAGGCUAUUCUUAGUGAUUGGAUGAACUCAAAGUUACGCCUGGAGCUGGAAGUGGACGAGGACCAAGAGGAACUGACUGAUUCAAGUAACAAAGAAAGUCCAGAGAAGACAGCAACACUGAGCUACAACAAUUUUGAAGAUAUGUACUCUCGUCUCGCACAGGAAGACGAGAGUUUUGAGGUAAACAAUUUCCUCCAGGACCUGAUGGAGAGAGAAGUGUUGGAUUCUGGGGAAGUGGAGGGUCUCAGGCUGGACACAGAAGUAGAGAGAAAACGCAGGGACCCCGGCCUCACCAUGCAGCUGCGUCAUCAGCAGGUGAAGGAGAGGCGUUUGAGGAGAGAUGCAGAGCGGGAGAAGCAUCACAAGGAGCAGGAGGUAAAGAAGGAGGCCAGAGAGGAGGCGCAGCGGCUGGAGCGUGAGGAGCAGAGGAGGAGGAAGCUGGAGGCCCGUAAGCAGGAAGAGCUUAUACAGCAGGAGAUGAUACGACUGCGUCGGCAUCUGGAGGACAAGAGGAACAUGGAGCAGCUUGCACGAAAGAUGGAACGAGAGAGGCUGGAGACCCAGCGUGCCAGUGAACGCUCUGGAAUGCUGAAGUCUGCCUCUGUCACAGAGAAGCAGCUGCAAUGUAGAGAACAGGAGAUGGAGGCGAAAGCACACAUUCUCAAUCUGCAGUGCAUACAAAAGCAUUUCUCUGCCUGGUACUCAGUUGUUCUGGAAAAGAGGGUCCGACUGGGUAAAGCAGCAGCUCUCUGUGAUUGGAGGAGGCAACUAAGGGCGUGGCGGGCAUGGCGAGCACUUGUAUGGGUGAAGAGAGAGGAAAGAGAGGCUGAAAGAACAGAGGAGGAACUGAGGAUGGAGAACAGGCGCUGUCAGGUCGCGGAGGAGAGUGACCGAAGGCGGCUUUUGAGGCGCUCUCUGAAUGACUGGCGUUUGUGGUGCCGAAUGGAGAAGGAGCGCAAAGAUCUGCUCAAACAGAAGGAGGAAACCCGGCGCAAAAUGGUGGCCCUGAUCACCGCAGCAACUUCUGGGAAACUGAGCUCAGAGAACUGCACUGACUCACCGGUCACAGCAAUACCUGAUGUACCCAUUAAACCUGAGAACCACAUUCAACCUACUCAGCUACCACUAGAAAGAACUACCUCAGCUCCUGCUCCGUCCACUUUGACUGACAGGAAGGCAUCUCCUCCAACUCAAGCCUGGCAGGUGACACGCCGUCACGCUGCCCUCUCACCGGCCGAGCUUCAUCAGGCUCAUCAGAGGCAGCCCCCGAACAAUGCCCCCCGCUGUCAGAGUGCAGAGCGAGGUGGCCGGUUUGAGCAUCGUCACCUGGCGCAGCAGCAGACCAUCGCUGAGCAGAGACGUCUUCUGAAAGAGCAGCAGGAGCUGAUCUUGCAUCUGCAGGAGAGGCAGAACUUUUUGGACUUUAGACAGGAAGCAGAGAGACAUGCAGAGUCAGCAGUACCGCCCUUGAAAGUCCCGCUCAAACCUUCAGCAAGACACUGCAUCACACAGAGCAGCACAGGUGGUGGAGAGACUGGGAUAAGUUCAAAUGGAACCUCAAGGGCAGACACCUCUAAUCACACAAAUCCCAAAGUCACAGCCAGUCGCCCAGUGGCCCCUCACCCGGCUGUGAGAGCUAUGGAGGAGCGGGCACAGCUCCGUGCGGAACGACGGAGAGAAGUGGAGGAGAUGAAGAAGAGGCGAGAGGAGGAUAAGCUGGCUCAGAUGAAAGCUGCAGAGGAGGAGAGACUCAGACAGGAAGAGGAGGAGAAACGCAUGGCAGCAGAAAGGAGAAAGGAGGAGAGGAGGCAGCAGAAGGAGAGAGAGCUGGAGAAGCAGAAGAGAAUAGAACGGGAGCAGAAAUUGUUGAAACAAGCUCAAGAACACUACAAAAGAUCACUGCUACUCCAUAGAGGCCUGGCUCCAUGGAAACGCCUGCUGGAGAAGAGUCGUACCAAUUCUCAGAAAGCAAAGGAUCAUCACAGCCAUGUUCUCCAAAGACAAUGCCUUCUGUCCUGGCUGCAGACUGCAGGUGAUGCCCUGGCAGAAAAAGUGGCCUGUGCAACCCAGCUGUACACAAACAUUCUGCUCAGGAGAGCUUUCUGUAACUGGAAAAGGUUUAUGCACCUGCAGUGUAUCCUGGAGGCGCAGGCUGAUCGCUUCUUCAGAGCUCAGGCUCUCAGGAAGGGUUUCACAGCUCUGCUGGAUCAUGCAACACACCAGAGAUUGCUGUCCUGGACCAAAGAGCAGCAGGCUGAGGAGCACAAUGACAGGCGUUUAGUGCGGAGGUGUUUAUCUGGCUGGAUUCGUCUGCCGGCCGCCCUGCGGGAGGAGCGAGUGAGAGAGGAGCGCAGAGAACGGCUCAGACGCAAAGUGGCAGAGAUUCUUCCGGACUUUCGUUCCUCGCCUGUGGACGGUUUGUGGAGCCCAGCACCAUCCCAUUAACAUGCAAAUGCAUCCAUACCCACACCUCCUCUGCCGGAUCUCUCUGCCUGAAGUUUGGCAUUCAGUGGAAUUCAAAGCACAGAGGUCUCGUGUGCGACUGAUGUUCCAGUGAAGCUUAGAUGAAAAAGACAUUGCAUCUGUGCAGUUAGCUUAGUUAAUCUCUUUUAUUUCUCCUUUCAUGACUCACAAUCAAAUCGAGCAGCUUGUCACUGAUGUAUUAAAGACACACCAAUUAAAAUUAAACUCCUAACAAAACACA